AAAAAAAAAAAAAAAAAAAGAAUCAAGCAAAAGGAAAAAAACUAAAAAUAAUGCGAUGGCAGAACUAAGCAGGAAAGUAGGCAUAGUUGCUGCUCUUCAAGAAGUGAAGCGUUCUUCAGGCAAGAGUUAUAAUCAGAUUGCUGAAGAAACUGGGUUGACUAAUGUUUAUGUUGCUCAGCUAUUGAGACGCCAAGCUCAAUUGAAGCCUGAAACCGCCCCAAAGUUGAAAGCUUCUCUGCCUGGGCUCUCUGACCAAUUGGUUCACGAAAUGAUGUUGGCUCCUCUUAGAUCCUAUGAGCCCAAUUUAAUUCAAGAUCCCACUGUUUAUAGACUAAAUGAAGCUGUUAUGCAUUUUGGAGAGAGCAUUAAAGAGAUUAUUAAUGAGGAAUUUGGCGAUGGAAUCAUGUCAGCUAUAGACUUCUUCUGUUCUGUUGACAAAGUUAAAGGUGUUGAUGGCAAGGAUCGUGUUGUAGUGACUUUUGAUGGGAAGUACUUGCCACAUACCGAGCAGAAAUCGGAGCAUAUGGUGUCAAGAGUUAGACCAUCAGGAAGUUGAACAAAUCAUGGUGUUGUUCUAAAUAAGCUACUCCGAUAAUAAUGCUUUUGGCCUCCGAGAGUACUCUGAUCAAAUCAUUGUUUUUCAUGUAAAAGUACCUGUUACCAUCGGAUAUGUUUAAUGAAGUUUCUGUUUGUUUUCUUGCUAAAUUAUACUAUAUUAACUGCAAAUGGUAGAAUUUAGGGAAACUACCUCGCAGCUUGCGCUCGGUUGUGUGGUUCCUUAAGCCCCCUUGACCCUGGCUUUUACUCACCUUAUGAUUGUAUAAUAGAAUGUUUAUGAAAUAACAAGGCAUAGAAUGUGCUUGAUUCUAUCGGAUAGUUUGAAUGGAUUUCUGAAUGUCUUAUACAGUGUCCGCACAAGAGUGAAGUAAACAGUUGUACAAACAGAACAUUCUGCGCCAAGUAGCUGUAUCGAGUAUCGAUGACUUCUAGCGAGAAGUUUGUGUAGGAAUCCAAAGUUUCAGAUUCAUUUAGGCAUUAGCAUAAUAGUUUG